AGUGGCAGUUCAGACAGGGAAGAGAAGCAGAGCUCUUUGCAUCUAUACCGAAAGCAAUUUUGUCUCGACAAAUUUAUCGGAGAAGAAAUCAUCAGGAUUUUUUUUUUCUUUUUUUUUUUUUGCAGCACUAACAGCUUCCAGCUUCUGUGAGCAUUGCUGUGUGUUUCAACGAGCGGGGACUGCGCGCUGUUUGAGAUUCUCAGCUACGGACAAGCAGGUAGUGGGCACGCGUUUGGGGUCAGACAUCUUAGCCAACUCCUCUCCUUGUGCUCCUGAAGGAUCCUCGCUCUCUCUGGGACACUCUGAGCACGUGAGACCGGCAUUUCCAGGAGGAGAAAUUUGUCUCCAACUCUCUCUGCGAUCCACGGGGACUGAACAGCUCGCUCUGCGGUGAUAUCUGAUUUGGUUGUGUUUGUGUCUAAAAGUCCUUUGAGGGGGGUUUAGAAGUCUCUGUGUGUUGUUUGGGAAGUGCUGUGUUGAGGUUUUUAGGAGCAGGCUCUAGGGCCAAGGCAUAUAAUCCAGUUCUGUCUGUGUUCCAUACUCAUACAGCAGGAGCCAUGCAGCUGGACAAUGUCACCAAUGCUGGCAUCCACUCCUUCCAGGGGCACCGUGGAGUGGCUAACAAGCCCAAUGUGAUCCUGCAGAUUGGGAAAUGCAGGGCAGAAAUGUUGGAGCAUGUCAGGAGAACCCACCGGCAUCUCCUGUCUGAAGUCUCCAAGCAGGUAGAGCGUGAGCUGAAAGGUUUGCAGAAAUCAGUGGGGAAGUUAGAGAAUAACUUAGAGGACCAUGUGCCAACUGAUAAUCAGAGAUGGAAGAAGUCCAUCAAGGCCUGCCUGGCUAGGUGUCAGGAGACCAUUGCUCAUCUGGAGAGGUGGGUCAAGAGAGAGAUGAAUGUUUGGAAGGAGGUCUUUUUCCGUCUGGAGAAGUGGGCGGACCGUCUGGAGUCCAUGGGAGGCAAAUAUUGUCCUGGGGAGCACGGCAAACAGACCGUGUCUGUUGGGGUGGGAGGCCCAGAGAUAAGGCCAAGUGAAGGGGAGAUAUAUGAUUAUGCCCUUGAUAUGAGCCAGAUGUAUGCACUGACCCCUGGUCCUGGGGAGGUGCCCAGCAUCCCUCAGGCCCAUGAUUCCUACCAGUGGGUGUCUGUGUCAGAGGAUGCUCCAGCAUCCCCAGUGGAGACUCAGAUCUUUGAGGAUCCCCAUGAGUUCCUGAGCCACUUGGAGGAGUACUUAAAGCAGGUGGGUGGGACAGAGGAGUACUGGCUGUCUCAGAUCCAAAACCAUAUGAACGGUCCAGCUAAAAAGUGGUGGGAGUACAAGCAGGACUCUGUCAAGAACUGGGUUGAGUUCAAGAAAGAGUUCCUGCAGUACAGUGAGGGGACUCUGACAAGGGAUGCUAUCAAAAGGGAGCUGGAUCUACCCCAGAAAGAGGGAGAGCCCCUGGACCAGUUCCUCUGGCGCAAGAGAGACCUGUAUCAGACCCUCUAUGUUGAUGCAGAUGAGGAGGAAAUUAUUCAGUAUGUGGUAGGAACCCUCCAGCCCAAACUGAAGCGCUUCUUGAGCUACCCCUUGCCCAAGACCUUAGAACAGCUGAUUCAAAGAGGGAAGGAAGUCCAAGGCAACAUGGACCACUCAGAAGAGCCCAGCCCUCAGAGGACCCCCGAGAUUCAGUCUGGGGACUCUGUAGAGAGCAUGCCUCCCUCCACCACUGCCAGUCCUGUGCCAAGCAAUGGGACACAACCUGAACCUCCUAGCCCACCAGCUACUGUCAUAUGAGCUAGCUGGAUGGAGACGGCAAUCUGGGUUACAUGAAAGGGAGAAAAGGGCAUAUUUAGGAAGCUUCUGCUCAAAGAGAGGUUCCAGCUGAGACAUGACAUGAGGUGUGCUCAGUCCAACAGCCCAUAGCAAAGGAAUUAACUUUGCUUGUGGGGGGAGGGUGGUGAAGGGGGAGAGGCGCCUUAGGAUGUGGUUGCCCACCUCACAUGAGCCACACAAUCCAGUGGUGCUGGAGAUGCUACUUGCACCACUGCAGGGAAUGGACUAUUUUAUAAGACCCAUGACAAGAAACUAGAGACAAUUCCCCAAAUUCAGAAGCAGUUGCUUGGCACUGGCGGCUUUCAAGGACUUCAUAUGAGUGCAGCUAUUGGCUGAGGGUUCCUACCCAUCUGGAUCUCUUCUCCUUCUCCCCUCCCUCUUCUGAAGAGGUGUCCUUCUUCUGAGAGGACAUCCUUCUUUUGACCCUUGCCCAUUUCUAUUCUACCACUGGGCUUCUGUGUACUUGACAGUCUCCUAUUCUAUCUUGAUCUAAAGGACUAAAUUUUUUUUUAUUAUUUUUUUAUUUAAGAAGAAAUGCUAUGACUUCAUGAAAAGAAAACUUUAUGAAUUUGGAUAAUUUUUAGUGGUUUUAAUUUUACUGCGCCUAACACCUGCUUUAAUGCUUUUGCUCCCAAGAGGACAGUUUAUUCCUUAUCUUAGUUUCUGUUCACUCAAAUCAAGGUCACUGCAGUGCAGAAGCAAAUUUUACCCUUUCUCUGCACAUUAUACUGUGCAUUCAGCAGUAAAUAGAGUUUCAGAUUAAAUUCUGAGUUCAUUUAUUGAAAGGAAAAUGUGUCUUCCUUCAGAGAAGGGAGAGUGUCAAGAUGGAGAGAGAAAACACUAGAGAGAUUUUAGCAGAUGGGGGAGGAGGAGUGGGGAGGAGGGGUUUAAGGGAAAUAAAUCUUUAUAUUUUGAAUGAAACAAACAAACACAUCCUAAAUCCAGAGCAAAAUAUCCCCAGAGCAGCAAAUCAUGUCCAUGCUGAUGAGUGGAAACAACACUCCUGGAGACAGAAACUUCUGCCAUAUAAAAGCAAAGCUAAGUGAAAAGAGGAGCUGUAUGUCCCAGCACAGGCUCAACCUGUGCAUCGUAAAGAAGAACUUCUGCUUUAACAGACAGACUCAAAAUACUCUUGGAAAGUCUGGCACCUCUGUCCUGGAGCACCUGAGGACAAAGCACUGUCUGCUCACACAGAACUACUAUAGCAGUCCGUGUGCAUGGAUGGAAGCAGGCUUGCACUUGGUGACAUUUUCCAUGUUGAGACAGCAAUGCUCAGUCUUCACCUCACUUUGACCGAUGGCUGAUGAUGGGAGUUAGAGAUGAAAUUGCUGUGAGAAUUAUUUGGCUCUUUGAAGCUUCUCAAGGCUGGACACAUCUUGAGCAUCAUCUGCAUUCAUCACCAGACCAAAUAAGAAACAUCUCUGCAAGGAGAUACAGCAGUGAUGCAGCAACAGGAGUGCCCCUGGGAUGUUCCUGGCACUGCAACAGUAGCAAUAGUGGCUUGGAAGACCUUUGGCUUGCUUCCUUCCAAGAGGCUAAAGUGACUCACUCAGAUCCUCCUCUGAGAAAAAAUCACAAUGCUCAAGACUCGGAAGGAAAGCCAAAGGGAAAAGACUUCAAAACCAGUGAUUCAACAUGGGACCUGCUGCCAGGAUCCCCAGCCACCCAGUGCCAGAUCCACUGUCUGAAUGAAAGCCUGGCACAGAGAUUCCUGCUGCACUUGUUACUGAAUUUCCUUCUCUGUGCCCAAGAGUCAUGUCUUCCCAGGUGAUAAGCAAGCACUGCUAGAAGACAGGGCAAAGUGAGCACCAAAGAGCCUCUCAUGCAGUGCAAUGCCAUACUCAAGAUGCUGAGAGCCUUGAGUGAAAGGUGGAGCCACUUCCAACAGGAUGAAGAAGAAGCUGAGCUGGUCCAGCUAGUCCAAGUGAAGAAGAGAGUGUUAAGAAAGAGAAACCAAGGGGCAGAACAAAAGAGCCAAAUCUGGGCUUUGAGGACAGCAAGGAUGCUGCGCUUGUAGUGACUGUCUGUUGAUAUGAUACCAUACCUCUGCCAUCUGCGGCCACUGAGAAAUCUUCACUGGAUUAUCAGUUAGAAAAAAACUUUCCUGAUUAACUUUGCCAAAUGAAUGAUCCUACAAAGGCUACGAACCCUCCAUGCUCUCAAGGCUGUAACUCAUUUUUCCUGAGUUGAGGGUCGCUUCAUUUCAUGCGGGUAUCAGUUUUCAAACCUCAAACAGCUCUAGGGGUUCGGAGAAGCAUCCUGGGGUACAGGUGCUUGUCUGAACUGCUUGAGUUUGCACAACAGGGCCAGCUGUCUUGCCAAAAGGGACGCUCUUGUGAGACAGCAGGCACUUCCUGGAUCUGCAUGGGCCAGAGUUACUGCAAGAACCAGGGUUCUUGAGUUGGCUUUGGUAUGGCUGCUUCCAUCCAGACCCAGGAAGUGCAAAAGGUGCAUGAAAGACAGUAUGUGAAUUGAACCAAGCCUUUUUGCAAGACAGUUUUGGUUCACAUCUCAUUUGAAAGGAUAGUUGGUUCCUCUCUCUUCCAGAGCCAACUGUCCUGGGUAUGUGUGUGUGCGUGUCAGUGCGAGUGUGUGUGUUUUGAGCCAACAAAUCUACUUAACCAAAUUCUGAGUUGUUCUGUUGUGUUUAAACUAAGCCAAUUGAACUUAAUGUGCAUUCCAACAUUGCUCAACAGAAAUGUCCAGGACUAGAAAAUUAUGUGAAAACAUGUGUAAGUCAAGUUGGUAGGCAUCAUCCCAAGGUCAGUAUGAAGUUUGAUUUUGAGGUGCUUAAUUUCUACAGUCCUUCUCAAGGGACCUAACUGCCUCAAUAAGCAUUUUCUAUAUCCAUAGACUUUCCAAUGAAUUAGCCUGCCCGUGCUACUUGAUUUGGUCCUGAGCUUUAUACAUUUUGAACUGACUUUGUGGAAUGUGCACAAGUAAAUAUCCUUGGCUGAUUUUAUUUCAGUUAUUGCUCCUAGCUGACUGGAGCUUUACUUGUAGCACCCUGGUUUAUAUUACCAGUUUCUCCAGGAAGGACUGGUAGUUUGUUUUGCUGGGGCAAAGUCAUGUGAAUGAAGAAGUGUGUAUGUGUUGUGCCUGUGAAACUUUAGCGAAUUUCAAUUACUGGAUUUUUGUUCCUUAGGCAAUUUUACAUUUGAUUCUGACAAAACUACCUUAGAGUUUUUAUUUUUACUAGAAAUAUUAUUAAUUCAAACAACCUUGUACAAAAGGCAAACACACUGAAUCACUGCAGGUUAUAGGGGUUGAAGCCAAAGGUCUUUGUAAGCCGACAUCACUUGCCCUAGAUCUGACUGUAUCAGACAGCAUAUUCCUCACAUGUUAUGUUGGAGUUACAAGAUCACACCAAGCCACUAGAACCUGUCAAUAGAAUAGUGCUACACUUUAUUUGCUAUUGUAGCAAAGCCUUUUGUAGAUUUAUACAAUAAAACUUUGAAAUAUCU